CUCCCUCAAUAAUACCCUGAAAAUUCCUACCACCAUCCUCUCUUUCAACCCCCCCUUUUUCCCAACCCUAUCCUGUUCAUAAAAGCCCAUUUCAGCUUACUAAUCAAAUCAUCAUCACAAGAUCUGAUUAGCUUAAAGGUACCACCUUUUUCUGACUUUAAUUUUCAGCUAACUAUUCAUAUCUAUCAUACCCGCUUGAACCUUGAAGCAAUUGUGAUUUUUUGUUAUUUUCUAAGCAAGAAAAAGUUUGGAUUUUUUUUUUUUUGAUUUGACCAUAUGGGUAAUUGUUGUGCUACACCAUCUACAACUGAUACAGACAGUAAAAAAGGUAAAAAUAAACCAAACCCAUUUUCAUUAGAUUAUGGUGGGCCUAAACAUGUAGGAUAUAGGCCACAUGUGUUGGACAAUCCAACUGGAACUGAAAUAGAGAAAACUUAUGUACUUGGUAAAGAGAUGGGUAGAGGGGAAUUUGGGAUUACAUAUAUGUGUACUGAUAAAACCACUGGUGAAGUUUUGGCUUGUAAAUCGAUAUCGAAAAAGAAGUUAAGAACUCGGGUUGAUAUUGAGGAUGUUAGGAGAGAGGUUGAGAUUAUGAAACAUUUGCCACCUCAUCCAAAUAUUGUGAGCUUGAAGGAUACUUAUGAAGAUGAUAGUGCUGUUCAUUUGGUUAUGGAGUUGUGUGAGGGUGGGGAACUUUUUGAUCGGAUCGUUGCUAGAGGGCAUUACACCGAGAGGGCCGCUGCUGGUGUCAUUCGCACCAUCGUUGAAGUCAUUCUGAUGUGCCACAAACAUGGUGUUAUGCAUCGGGAUCUUAAGCCUGAGAAUUUUCUGUAUGCAAACAAAAAAGAAACAUCAGCUUUGAGGGUUAUUGAUUUUGGCUUAUCAGUUAUCUUCAAACCAGGCGAACGAUUUGACGAGAUUGUAGGCAGUCCAUACUACAUGGCUCCUGAGGUCCUGAAACGUAACUAUGGUCCUGAAAUAGAUGUCUGGAGUGCUGGUGUAAUCUUAUACAUAUUGCUUUGUGGUGUCCCACCGUUUUGGGCUGAAACCGAGCAAGGAGUUGCACAAGCAAUCAUUAGAUCUGUUGUAGAUUUUAAAAGGGAUCCAUGGCCCAAAGUAUCUGAUAACGCAAAAGACCUUGUAAAGAAGAUGCUCAAUCCUGACGCUAGUGCACGUCUUACAGCUCAAGAAGUUUUAGAUCACCCUUGGAUACAGAAUGCUAAGAAGGCUCCAAACGUCUCUUUAGGUGAAAAUGUUAAAGCAAGAUUGAAGCAAUUCUCGUUCAUGAACAAGCUUAAGAAAAGAGCUCUACAGGUAAUUGCUGAGAGUUUAUCUGCUGAGGAAGUGGCGGGGAUAAAACAAGGAUUUGAUUUAAUGGACACUAACAAGCAAGGGAAGAUAAACGUUGUUGAGUUGAAAGCGGGUUUACAGAAGCUUGGUCAUCAGAUCCCUGAUUCUGAUGUUCAAAUGCUUAUGGAUGCUGGUGAUGUUGACAAAGACGGGUACUUGAACUACGCUGAAUUUGUUGCAAUUUCUGUCCACUUGAGGAAAAUAGGGAAUGAUGAUCAUCUUAAAGAAGCAUUUGAGUUUUUUGAUAAAAAUAAAAACGGUUACAUAGAGGUUGAAGAGAUUAGGGAAGCCUUGGCUGAUGAAAUUGAAUCCAACUAUGAAGAAGUCAUUGCUGCUAUCAUUCAUGAUGUUGACACAGACAAGGAUGGACGAAUUAGCUAUGAAGAAUUUGAAGCUAUGAUGAAGGCAGGAACUGAUUGGAGAAAAGCAUCAAGACAGUAUUCGAGAGAGCGAUACAAUAACCUAAGUUUGAGAUUGUUCAAAGAUGGUUCGUUGAACUUAGGCAACGAGGGUACGUAAAUACAUGGUUUUGGUGCAAAUCAAGGAUGAGUUUGUUAAUAGGAGAAAUUUUUUAUUCUAUUUGUAUCAUCUGGUCCUAUGCUUGACUACUAAAGUUUGUGUUGUGAGAUAUGUUCUCUUUAGGGGUAUGGUUUCCUUUUAGGGUCAAAGAUCCUUAUUUGCUUUGUUGUUGGCAUUUUGUAUAUCUGUUGUUAACUUGAAACUAUUAGAAAGAAAGAGUGUUUGGUAA